UUUCUUUAUUGUUAUUAUGAAAAUAAUUAAAAAAGUAGAUGGCAGUGUUCCAGAAGUCUAUUUGGUUUUUACUACUAGUAACGCUACUAACAGCUAAACAAAUAUCCGGCGAAGGUUUACGAUUGCCUGAUCAGCAUUCGGUGCCACAACAACAGCAACAACAACAACCACAACUUCAAAAUGUACAGCAAAUUUUUAUACCACAACAACAACAGCAGCAGCAACAACAGCAACCACAGUUACAGCAACAACAAACACCAGCUGGUUUUGGUGAAGAACGUGGUCGUUCUUCCAUAUUGAGCCUCUUCGGUUUAGGGAACGAUAAUGAUCCAUAUUUAGCGCGCACCAAUUCAAAUUGCUUAACCGGUGACUUGUCUGAGUGUUUUAAGACUCAAGCAUUGAAUAGUUUCGAUGAAAUAUUUUAUAGAGAUAAUUAUCGAUUAUCUGAUUUUGCACGUAUUGUACGUAUGCCAGAAACACAACAACGUUCCUUACUGCAAGAACCAUUUGAGUAUUCUGAGUCGCCAAGAAAUGAAGAUACUGACUGGGAUCAGUUAGUUAAAUACGCAUUAAGACGUGCUGAAAGAUUUAUAAAAUCCACUGCUAUUGAAAUUGAUGUACCAGAAGAAUUAACGGAAGCUGGACGAUAUGACGCACGCUUCAUUGGUAACGACAUUGAUAGCGAAUUGGAUAUUAUUGAGGACAAACAUGCACCAUUAUUCACACGCAAGAAGUUGAAGAAAAUGAUCAUUCCAUUGUUGCUCGUAUUGAAAAUCUUUAAAUUGAAGUUAUUGUUGUUCUUGCCAUUCAUCUUGGGUAUUGCUGGACUUAAGAAAAUACUUGGCUUAGCUGCUAUAAUACUGCCUGGUCUAUUUGCUUACUUUAAACUUUGCCGUCCACCAGGCGGUGCACCUGGUUUUGGUGGUGGAGCCUUCUCUGGUUUAUUCGGUAGUAAAAAUACUUUCCCAGAAUAUUCACCACAAGGCGUUGGUUCAGCCACUUACUAUCAUCAUCAUGAACACUACGAUGGUCAAAACAAUAGUCCAUAUUAUAGACAGGAUCCUGCUUUCGCCAAACCAUAUACCGAUUACUAUAGCAAAAACGUACAAACUGGUUCUGGUAAUUCGGUGAGCUUUGGUGAUGCUCAUGAUAUUGCUUAUUCAGGUUAUUACGGUAGAAAUACUGGCAAAGACAUUCAGAGUGAACAAAAAAGCUAAAUUGUGAAAUAUGCAUUCGAUUUCUUGGGAAAUUGAUAAUUUCAA